GUUUCUCUCCAAUGCGUCUGACGUCAGAUCCAGUCAUCCGAUCCGUCAUCAUCAGUUUCGAUGCAAAAGGGGAAGUUGGGAGGAACCGAGAGGAAGAUCUGGGAGUGACCGUUUGAGAAGCACCUCUUGACUUCAGUACAGGAGAUUGGGGCUUUUAAUGGUCAUGGCAGGAAGAGGUGGAGCAACGAGACCUAAUGGGCCGAACAGCGGCAACAAAAUCUGUCAGUUCAAACUAGUGCUCUUGGGAGAGUCUGCUGUGGGGAAGUCAAGUCUAGUCCUUCGCUUUGUAAAAGGACAGUUUCAUGAGUUUCAGGAAAGCACAAUAGGAGCUGCCUUCUUGACUCAGACAGUAUGUUUGGAUGACACAACAGUGAAGUUUGAGAUCUGGGAUACAGCUGGCCAGGAGCGCUACCACAGUCUGGCCCCAAUGUAUUACAGAGGAGCACAGGCGGCCAUAGUGGUGUAUGACAUUACGAAUGAAGAAUCAUUUGCACGUGCGAAAAACUGGGUGAAAGAGCUUCAAAGACAAGCCAGUCCAAAUAUUGUAAUAGCUUUGGCUGGAAACAAGGCAGACCUUGCCAACAAGAGAGCGUUGGACUUUCAGGAUGCACAGUCAUAUGCGGAUGACAACAGUUUGCUGUUUAUGGAGACAUCGGCAAAGACUUCAAUGAACGUGAACGAGAUUUUCAUGGCCAUUGCAAAGAAACUACCCAAGAAUGAGCCCCAGCCUGCAGGUGCCAACACAGGACGCAACAGAGGUGUGGAUCUAACAGAAACGGCACAGCCCACGAAAGGCCCCUGCUGUAGCAACUAAACGCCGACGGUCCUCACCUCCUAACCAACCGCAUCACAUCUGGACAUGGGGCUCCUCCUUCCAAACCUUGCUCCUUGGAUUAGCUAAAGACUCUGUAUAGCUGGGUUUCUAAUACUUUUUUUUUUUACUUUUUAUUUUUAAGAAAAUAUAUGUAAAUCUGCAGUCUACUGGAUGCAUGUAUCACUACAAAUGCUAAAUACACAUUUUAACUUAAUUUAGCAGGAGAACAAGCCUGGUUGAGAGAGAGAGAGAGAGAGAGAAAUAUUGAGUGUGUCUGUAUGUGUUUAGUAUACCUGAUUACCUUAUAAACAGGCCCGGGCGCAAUCUGCAGAUGUUUUUCUGCGAAAAUAGAAGCUAUUAUUGGUGGCUAAUCAAAUUAGUCAACAUAUUUAAUAAACCCCAUAAAUGCAUUAAAAUUCUGUGGAAAUCAGCAUGCAGAUUUCGUGUGGGCCUGCUUAUGACUCAAUCAGAUUGAGAGUUUUAAAACUGCUCAAGAAAAACCAGAUCCUCCACCUGCUCCAUCAGCAGCCGGUGUAAAGUUUGUUGUAGUCUGGAUGCAGUAGCUUCUUGUUCUAGUUAAGCAUUCCUCAGUGCACCUGCUGUGCGCCACAUAUGGCAGUAUUGCCAUGAUGAUAAUGAAAUAUUGCAUCCAUUACCAGUUUGAGCUUGUAAAGUAGCAGGGGGAUCUAUCGAAUGAGUUGGAGAAUCGAUAUGGUCUUUGGGGAUAAAGAACAAAUCAAGGAACGCAGUCAGUAGAACAUCUUCAGCCUUUUGUAUGAAUUAUAAUUAUUAGGGUUGCAAAGGGGUGGAAAUUUCUGGAAACUUUCCAUGGAAAGUUAAGCUGUGGAAUUUUGGCAAGUUGGAAACUUGAACAAGAAUUUAUGGGAAUUAAUUGCAAAUUUGGGGAAACUAUCAUACAAAUAUAAAUAUAAACAUUUUGUUUGGUGAAAAAAAAAAAUUUAAAAUUACAUUUGACUAAUUUGAGUAGAACUUUAAUCAAUUCUUUUAUUGAACAACAAAAAGCAUGAAUGUUGAAUAAAAUAAACAUUAUUACAAAAAAAAACUCCCAUUAAAAUGUGAAAUUCAAGCAUUUUCUCUCAAGCUUCUGCAUUUUUCCUCUCAAUCCUCGACAGCUCUGCAGUAAGUAGUGUGCUGUAUGCAUGUGAUUGAGGAACGCACAGGGUAGAAAUUUAACUGAAUUUGCGUUAAAUCUGAUUGUUUUAACCAAAUUAAGCUGCAAGAUGUUUUCCACUAUAUUCAAGUUCCCUGAUAACCUGCAUUUUUUUAAAUUCCAGUUUAUUCCCAUUAAUUCCCAUGGAAAAUUUACAAAUUUAAAAAUUUCCAGAAUUUUGCAACCCUAAUUAUUAUUAAUUGGGACUGUAUUCUCAUCUCUGUGUUAUGCUUAUGAACUUAAUGUCAGGCCCAUAUGGAAUCUGUGCAUUUGCAAAUGUGUUCAAUCGACUACAGGCUUGUAGCCGAGCACAUGAUAAACUAACCAAAGUAUUUAAUUUAAAAAAAAAAAAAAAAAGCAAGGGAAAUUAACUCUUUCCUCGCCAGCUUUUUUAAAAAAAAAGUUGCCAUUUUUGAUUUUCAUGGCCCCCAGAAUAUUUUGUUGUAUAUCUGAACAUACAAUAUAACGAAAGAAAGACAGAACAGAGCCUCUGCUUUUAUUCUAGCUAUUCUGUUUUUCUAUCAACACUUGAAGAAUGUGGGUAAGUUUCAUAAAAUGGCAACAUUUUAAACAAAAAGCUGAGAAAAAUCACGUAUUUGUCAAAGACUUCUUCCGGAUCGGAUUCAGAACAUUUAUCAAAACAUCAUCCAUCAAAACCCCACAGUCGCUUCCUCUUCAUGGGUUCGACAUUUCAUUCAGUAGGGUUGCAGAAUUCAGGGAAUUUAAGGCUGGAAACUUUCCAUGAGAAUUAACAGGAAUAUUUGGGAACUAACGGAAAUUAAUGGGAAUAAAUAGGAAAUUUGAAUAAA